AUGAAGUUGGACGAGCGAAGGGGGGCGGGUGCCGGGGGCCCGCUGCGUGGCGGCGGCAGGGAGGGGGGCCCGGUUAAAAUUGGCGAUGGCCGCCGGGCGGGGUGUCACCGGCGGGGGUUAUUAAAUAGAUUGGUCCGCGGCCGAACGGAGCCGCCGAUCUGCACUUGUGCCCGCGUCAUUAACGGCCCGAGGAGCGGCCGUCGAGGGGAUAGUCGUGAAGGGCUUGUGUGGGGCCGGGAACGCCGCGCCGAUUGCGGAGCGUUCGACUUGACGUCUCAGGUGACG